GUGACGGUAGAGGAAGCGGAAACAGACUCCAGUAUUUAUUUCCUAUUAUUACAAGAACCAUGGACCUCAGCAGAAGGAUACCCACCAGAAUCAAAUCUCUUUUAUAUCUAUACAGCCAGCAACACCAAUUCAAAAUGCGCAACAUACGUCCGCAAACAUGCCAAUCUCAAACCAAAACACCACUACACAUACGAUAAUUUCAUAGUAUCGAUUACGGUAGAAAUCCAGAACAAGAAAACCCAAAUCCUGAAUAUAUACUCCCCAGGCCGAAGUGGCCCCUUUGCCCAAAUAGCAAAAACUAUCCAAACCCUUGAUAACUGUCUAGUAAUGGGAGACUUCAACUGCCAUCAUCAAAUGUGGUACGGAGUAACAUCAUAUGAAUACAAGAACAACAUCCGAGCAGACCGCGCCAACG